AUGGCGACCAACAAGGAGCAGGGCUACAACGUUGGUGACAAUCGCAAACUCUACCACAGUAUGCGAAAAACUAGUGUUAAACCAUCAUACACUACGUGACUGUGUUCGAGACGCGAAUUGAGGCUUUGGUGCAGACAACUCGGUUAUGGUCAAGCAUUGGCAUGAGCAUUCCGAGCCCCAUCUGAACAUUGAUUUCCUACCCACCACACCCUUGCUUUCAACGGGUUCUCCUCUCUCUCUCUCUCCAAUCUAUGCAGUGACAUGCUGCCCCCCUCUGAAAGAGAAGUCGCGAUGUCAUACAAAGGCUACGCAACAACAAGCAUCUAGAGGGGACGGUAUGCCUGCUGAAAUCAACAAGUCUUGUGUGGACACUGACGCUCUCCCGUGAGAUGAUUUAUCAAGCGUGGAGAAAACAGGUCGCUCUUGAUGACUGGGGCUCCGGCAUCCUUGAACUUAUUCUCAAGAAGAAGUAUAAGACGAGAUGGGAGAACUUCUGCGAAAUAAGUAAAAUCGUAUAAAAGUGAGGCUUCUCUGAACGAUAGAGAAAAACGACAAAUGACCAAGUAGACACAGUUAAAUCUAAUUCUGAAAAUCUAUCUUCUUAUAACAAAGAAAGGAACAGUAUCGUCACGUACACUGCGCCGUUAACUUAUAAUAGGUCACCAAGGCGGAAGGUUUGCCUGAAACUCGUAAGCCACCAUGAAGACGUAAAACUUCUUUCCAACUUUCUCUUUACAGUGGUGUUUUUGUGUGACGUUAUUGUAACCAGAAGGGAGUUCAAAGGCGUUUUCCUAACUUUUCGAUAACAAAACUGCACUGAUCUGGAUAAAAAGAAGUUCCUUUGUCCGAACAGCAUAAACGGCACCGGCAAAGUCACGGCAGCCAGACCACAACGAGGACGGGCAAAUCGGUUUCGGGAGUGGUGCUACAAAAUCUCCGCAUGAGAUCGACAUCAACAACUGCAACAAAGAAAUCAACAACUGCAAUUGUAAACAUCUAUAGCAUACACCUAAGCACAUGGAAAGUUGAAUGUAGAGAAACAUGCGCUUUUGAAGACGAGGCGAUCGUUUAGACGAGUGUGCAAACAGAUUGUUAAAGGCUUAUCUCGUUCACAUGGUUUUCACUGCAAAAGCAAUGCAUAACCAACUUUACAUAAUGCCAAUAUAUCCGAUUUCGCAUAUUCUCACUCUACUAUAUUACUAAUUCAAUCAGUAUACAAUUAGAAAUCAGCUUCCUUUUGACUAUUGAAGUACCUACACCUAUAUCUUUUAGCAAAUGCAAGACUGUUGAAUAAAUACUGUGGACACUGAUUAUUCACUUUUAACCGGGAAUCAAAUGGCAAAAGUAAGAAAGCUAAAAUUUCGGGAGAAUUUCACACAUAUUAUCAGGAUUUUUACAUUCCAGAUAUUUGCAUGCAAACACAUUGUAAGUGUAAAAACAAGUAGUAAGAAGUCGAUGUUAACAUAUUUUAGAAGUUACUUAGUGAAUAAGGUUACUGAUUGAUUUAUAGCAUACAGUAUUUGGGAAAUGUCAACUGAAAUACCAAAAUAGGUUUUGUUUUGAAAAGAUUAAUUAAGUAGUGUUGUAAACCCUGUUAUCCUGCAUUAUAAUUUUACAAUAUUUCAAUUACCGCAAGAUACCGCCUUUCGAACGGACUUCCUUCCGAUGGCAUGCAAAACCUACACUAUGCAAAAAAUGACUACAUAUAUUGCAUGAAUUUUUCUCAUUGCUUUUAAAUGCCCCUGAAAUUCCGAUUAUAUUCAUGGAAAACAGGCAUAAGUAUAUUGAUUUUUUGCUUACUCGGUAGCAAAACAACGUCUUCUUCAAAUUCUAUACUCGAAGUAGGGGCAUAAUUCGAUGAACCCGCUCUACGGUAUAUUUGGAUUCAAUGUUUCCGAACUACAAACCGAAUAUUUUUUGGCGUACGGAAAACUGCACAUUUCUCAACGGGAAUAAGGAUGGAACAUAUAUGGUUCAUAAAAUUUUGCAGUGGAUUUGAUCCAUAUUGUUAACUUAACAAGACACAUUGGUUCAAGCACAUACAUGAAAAUUUAUGAGCGGUCAUUAUACGGUAUUUAAACGUCCCACAAUAAGAACUUUUUUAAGGCCAAAUUAUGUCCCUCCUUAGACUAUAAAAUUAGAAGAAGAGUAAUUUUCUAACGGAUGAACAAAAGAAGGAAUGCUUGUAUGCAUGUUUCCCAUGAAAUAUAAAUGGACUAUAAGGGGCAUCGAAAAUCAAUGAGAAAAAUGCAUGCUGCAUAAGUAGCCAUUUUUACAUAGUGUCUUUUUUGCAUGCAGACGGAAGGAAGUUGGUUCGGAAGCCGGCAUCUUGAGGUAACUGAAAUAUUAUAGAAUUAUGUUACAGACUGACUAGAUUUACAACGCUACUUUAUUACUCUUUUCGAAACGAAAACCCGUUUCAGAAUUUAGGUCACAUUUCAUGAGUUAGCCCACCUGCUGUAAAUAAUUACUUCCUACAUUUAACGGAAUACUCUGGUGAUUUUUCGGAAGGCAUACGGCCCCGCUAACCCUGCAAACAUGCUGCUAUCAGGCAAACCGACAGAAGCGGGUGCAUCUUUUGUAAGACAGUGCCAACUUUGCCUCUGUGUUUAAGCCUUUUGAAACUGAACCACUUGAUCAAAUGAGGUCACAAACACGUUUCAGGUGUCUGAGGUACUGCUCUUGUGGUGCUGGCAUGAUGCAUCGUCACGCAGCCCUGACAUGAUUCGGGUCGAUAAAAUGGCGGCAGUUGGCCUUUUGUAGCUAUUGGUGAUUUUUACUCAACACGCGCUGCACGGUAACUUCACCGUAUAGCAGGCAAUACUGUUAAUGCGCACUCACAAUAAAUGUCUACAGUGGGGAUGCGGCGGCUAAAAUGCCUUUGUUUUAAAUGCAGUAUCGAAACGCAGCCGAUCUAACUGGCCCAUCCAUCUACGAUGCGACACCGCGAAUUAACGUUAGACGCAUUAUGUUAUCACCAACAAAGACAAGGGAGACUGGAAUGGCCAUUUUCAGAACAUUAACCAUCGUCAGCCAGUCACAGUCACUCACGAAUUGUGGAACACCUGGGGGUCGAUUCCGCAACCUGGCGGUCAGACAUCCAACGCCUAUGUCAUGCCUAUAUCAUGCGUCGUUGUGCGCAUGCUGUUGGAGCUAGAGGGAAAGAAAGAGAGAGCCCAUGAGGCAUAACGGGACGAUUGCAUUCCUUAAAAACGAUUGGUGAGCGCCCCUCUACCACAGAUAGACACAUCCUAACGUUGGCUUAGGCUAGGUAUCCUAGCGGUCAUCUGCCUGCGAAUUUCGCACGAUCAACAUCACCUAGUACCCCGCCAGUAAUUCAGAAAAAAACUAGGUUCUACUGAAUGACAUGAGUUGAUGGUCGUUACGAAUUUGAAACAAUCGUGGAAAAGAUUUUCGGGAAGAUAUGCAGGUAUUGGUGGAAUUGGUAAUUUAAAGGUAUACUUUGGUCUCUUGCAGAAGAGUUUGUGCAAAAAAUUUAAUGGCAUGAGGGAAAUUAAUAACUUUGGUGUGGUGCUAGCACAAAAUCAUCGCACAAUCGUCGGCAGUAGGCGAAAAUGAUGAUGCUGCCGAUCGCUAUAUAUAUAUAUAUAUAUAUAUAUAUAUAUAUAUACAUAUAUGGCUGAAUGGCAUCUGUAUCGCAAAAUUGCGACAUUGAUUUUGCGUUUUCCGGCGUCCUUUAUUACGUGUUAGAGUGUAAAUCGGAUACACUUGUCGAGUAAAAUCCUUCUCAAGUGAUAAUUUCUCCCACUUCUCAACUGCUCACUGGAAAUCAGUAAUUUGAUUAUCGGUGUCUCUGUCAAAGAGUGUGUUCGCCUGCCGAUUGAAGUCAUCCCAAUGGCUAUGGUCACGGUCUGUGUGCCCAUGUAAUCCUGCAGACAUUUUACAUGACACCCAGGGGAACGUAUAAGGUCACGUUCAAUGGAAAAAUCCAAAGGCCAAAAAAAUGUCCUGAGACGCAGCAUACUAGGCCGUAAAAUUCAGCCUUCUCACUGCAAAAGGUUUACUGAUGCCGAUGAGUCCUCCGACAAUCAAGACGUCAUUCAUGCGUUUGCACUUCUAAAGCACAACAUUCAUGCGUGUUGAUUUUCUGAAGUUGCAUCAUUGACUGAAGUAAUCUAAUACUAUUUUGGAUAUUAUUUAAUUAAAGCCUUGUUUGGGUGACUCAGGACAACAUGUCUGUCAACUGUAUUCAGCAAGUGUUCUGACGUGUGUUUAAACAACACCUCUGUAUGGCAUGCUAGUCCACAUGAAAACAAACAUAAUUAACUCCUUGUGUUUACAGUUUCCAGACAUAUUUUACACAUGGACGAUGAGUCUUGACUGAUGUGGCAAGCAGUGGCUACGAACUCCCACGUGGAUGGACGGGACUUUACUGGAAUGAAUCCCUACCGUCUGCUUUAUAGUAUGGUGUUGAAUACUUCCAAUGCUCUUCAGUAUGUGGCCAAAUUUCCAAGCAGUGAAUGAAAAGUCUUUUUUUUCAUUUAGGCAACAUUUUGCCUGAAUUUUAGGAAAACAAUUAUACAACGUUCAUUGUACCGUUCCGAGCACACACUGUCGGAAUUCGUAAGGAAAUAUUCAUAAAUCCUUAGAAAUCACUAAACGUUGCUCAACAUAUCGAAACAAGUACAAAUAUGCAUGCAUUUGCGCAAAAAUGAUCUGAACAACAUGAGUUUAACUGGAUUAACCAACAAGCUUGCGGCAGUAUGCUUAUAGAUAAUCACUACAGGUUAGCCAAUUAAUGUUCUUUCGAAGAGAUGGUGUUGGAUUAACAGCAGACAAGCUCCAGCUAUUUAACUGAUAACAAACAGACAUCCACGGUAGAUUCACAAAACCUUUACACAGAAACAAUGGACGUGUUCAGUCUCUUAGUAAAUAACUAUAACACAGAGAGUUAUUAAAUUUGUCUGAUACGUUGCAUUUUAGCUCGCGUCAUCGUGAAUGGUAUCCGUCUACUUCCUUGUCAAAGUGUGCCUGUAAAUGUUACCUUACCUGUCAUUUACGAUAAAGUGACGUCCAAAAUAUCCGAAAGUUUCACAUGCUUCUGUGUACUGUCAUGCACUCAUAGGUUGGAUAGGGAUCACAUGUAAUGCAACUCGUUUUGUACGGUUGAUCAUUAGCCCUGAAGACCACAAAUAUUUCCGAAAUAAAUAAAGGAUGCCCAGACACAAACUACGUUCGCGAGCAUCAGAAAGCCCUGAAAGGACUCUGCAAACGAAAGCAUCUUAAGUUAGGUCUCAGCCUAUAGACCCAAAAUAUUCUGAUUUACUCCAAGGUCGCACUUAGUUUUUCACCAGAUUGAAAAGCUACGAUCUUAUGUCGCACACUAUUUUAUUUCAAUGAAUACGUCUACUUGUUAUGCUUACGUUGCAAUAUCAGUGCAUAGUGUAGUUAGAAAUGUUCAUACAAAGGCGUUAUUAAUUGAGAUUUCUACCCUGAGAACAAUGCAAUGUGUCAUCAAUUUAACUAAAUACCUCUCGAGUAAUGCGGACGCAUCAGUUUCGCGUGCCACGAAAAGGAAAUUUAUUAUAUGUUCAACAAACCAACUAUAACUCGAACAGUUCGCAGCUCAAGUGGUUGUCGCCUCUAGCAAUAAUGUUGGCUUCGUCAAAUCUGAAUGCGUGGUUGGUCCCGCGAAUUGGGUGCUGGCGUCUUUCCUCCUGACCGCCCAACAUCUCAUUCAAAAGUGCUCCAACUUACGGACGGGCAAUGUGUCUGUUUGGGCGUCUCAAGUUUCCGACCGCAAAUUCAGACAAUACAGUCAGUUCGUCAACAGAACUAUUGGAGAAACGUAAUGGGGUAAGCCUCCUGCCGAGCGACGUCACGGUAUCCUUUGAUGUCACGUCCCUUUUUACUUCUAUUACACAGGACCUGACGCCGAGACCAUCGAACUUCUCAUACGAGACAAAUAGGAUAAAGUAGAGAAUCGUCUUGACAUGCUCAGAUACUGCACAUUCUGCAGUUCUAUUUUAAGACGUACUUUACGUUUGACGAACAAUCUAUGAACAGGGGAAGGAAACAAUAGCUUCGGCGAUUUCUGCAGUCAUAGCCGAUCUGUUUUUCCGACACCACAGACCGAAAUUCUAGGUUCGGUGCGUGGAUGAUACCUUCGCCGUCAUCGAACAGGAUCAGAUGCUGGCAUUGGAUGAAAGGCUCAACGCCGUCUUUCCGGACAUUCAAUUUACGAUCGAUGAGGAAGAAAUCAAUCAGCUAGCAGUUCCCGAUGUGCCCUUCUGCAGCAAAGAUUGUGUUAGCUUAAAUCCAAAGAUCUGAGGAAGGCGACAAAAACAACUCAAGUACUGAUUUACAACAGCAAUCACCCAAUUAGUCACAAACGCAGUUUCAUAAGGACUCUAUACAGGCGUGUUGAGACACACUUCAGUGAAUCGGAAGGCAAUGUUGCCGAAUUACGAUACCAUCGACGGGAAUUCAAAGCCAAUGGCUACCCGCGCAACUUCAUCGACCAGUGCCUGCGCAAAGGAGACGAGAGACGAAAUUCAACAGGCCGAAUACUUUUGCGAGCUCUCCCUUAAGUGAAGAAUGUCUCAGAAGCCGACAGCCGCCUUCUGACACUCUUUGGAAUUGGAGCAGCACAGACCGGUGGCAACCUUAAGGCGCCAGAUCAUGAAGCCGAAAGACCCGUUGCCAUGGUAGGAAACAUCUGGGGCCUACCAAAGGUUCACAAGCAGGGGGUGCCCCUACGCCCCAUCGUCUCCUUACGUGGUACUCCAACCUUUGGGCUGUCAAAGUGGCUGUACCAACGACUUUGUUUCCUUACCAAGGAUUCGGAGUGGACAGUGAAGUUGGCUGAAGAGUUCUUGACGCGCAUUAAACAUCUCGAAGUGGAGGCAGAUGAGGUGAUGGUGUCAUUAUUCACCUUCAUCCCACCCGCGCUGGCUAUCGACACUAUUGAUGGCUUUCUCCGGGAAAAGUAUGAUGAAACCGACCAACAGCUCAAACGGGCACACCUCAUCGAGCUCCUGUAA